ACGACGAACUCUGCAUCUGAUGGCUCCUUCACCUUGAAAUUAUUUCCGCACACUCUUUUGCAAAAGUGCCUGGACAGUCCUCUCUUCCAACCCACCACCUCGUGAGCCUCGGUUCUGCAGGUCCGAGUUUCCUCGCACCCGCUGCAGACCUCUUUUCAACAACCCCAAACUCUACAUCUCGGUCCUGAAUGCUACGGAAGUAACUAUGUCUACCUCCGGUGUUUCCGAUGUUUUACUUCAAGGUUACACGCCUUCAAUCAUCCUUGGUGUUGCGGCUGUUCUGCUCAUCUGUUGGCAACGACUAUCUGUACAGUGUGAUCCUCGCGAGCCCCCUCUGUUGAAACCAAGUAUACCAUAUAUCGGCCACAUUAUCGGACUGUUCCGAUACAAUGGCGAGUAUUUCGAGAAGCUGAAUGCCAAAAAGCCCUUACCGAUUGCCACUCUGCCAAUGAUCAAUGGCAAAUUGUACAUCAUCACACAGCCGACAUUGAUCCAAAGUGCUUAUCGGAACAAAAACUUAUCGUUCGAUCCAUUCAUGGUUGAUUUUGCGCAGCGUAUGCUUGAGCUAUCUGAGGAGGUGAUGGUACCGAUUCGAGAUAAGCCAGAAUUUAUCCCAGACCUGGUCAAAGAGAUCCACGGCUCUAUGCUGGGUGAACAUCUGUACAAGAUGAACGCCGAUGCUUUGAACGAUGUAGCCGUCACUAUCAACGGUCUCUCAGACACAUUCAGGCCAGACAGCCUGUAUCUUUGGAUUCGGGAAACCUUGACUAUGGCCACGUGCAACGCUCUUCUCGGGUCACAUAACCCAUUAAAGGACGACUUGAGCUUGGUUGAUGCUCUGUGGGACUUUGAGGCAGGAAUGCUUCCGCUUGUCCUGGGUAUCAUGCCAUCAUUCGUUGCUCCAAAAGCCUACAAAGCCAGAGCAACCGUCCAAGCGGCACUGCAGAAAUAUUACGCGAAGAAAUAUGAUCUCGAGCCUGAUGUUGCUAAGAUGACAAAGGCCCGUGCAGGAGUCUACAGACGAUACAACAUCUCAUCAGAUGACAUUGGGAAAUUGGAGCUUGCAUUAUUGCACGUGUCGACCGCCAAUGCAAUCCCGACUCUAUUUUGGCUCGUCGCCUUCAUUGCCUCAGACCCUGCUCUUACGGCCAGUCUUAGAGAAGAACUGCCCUGCGUCAUCACAAUCUCAAAAUCCAAAGAUGGCAAACGUGAGGCCCGAGUCGAUAUUACAAAAUUUGAUCCAGAUUGCCCCCUCCUAGUAUCCUGCUAUCGCGAGGUCAUCCGUCUUGUGAACUCACAGCUUGGCAGUCGACGUGUCAUGGCAGAUACGACCAUCUCUGAUGGCAAGUCAACAUAUUUGCUUCGCAAAGGCUGGGAUGUAAACAUGCCAUCCGGUGUAACACAUCUUUUGCCUGGAUCUUGGGGUCCAAAUGCUUCCUCCUUCGACGCAAGACGAUUCAUGAAGCUGGACACCAAGGGUGCGGCGAGUGAGAAGGAGAAGGAGGAGAAGCGAGCGUAUAUUCCUUUCGGGGGUGGGAAACAUCUCUGUCCUGGUCGGAACUUUGCAUUUGCAGAGAUCCUGGGCUUUGCCGCUGUGCUUCUGAUGGGGUUCGAUGUGAAGAAGGAUGAUGGUAAGUUGAUUGAGGUGCCGAAGAUUAGGAGGGCCAAGCUUGGAGAGGCAGUUUCGAAGCCUUUUGGGAAGGGGCUUACGAUGGGAGCUAACAUCACGAGAAGAGAGGGCUGGGAGGACGUUUCAUGGCACUUCACUACUUGAUUGUGUUCUUGGUUGCGGGUCUAUUAUGGCCGACUCACAGUUUCCGUCUGUUAUAUUGACAUGAUGGUAUGUGUUUCAGAGAUAAGAAUAUACAGUCCGGUAGAACCCCAAGAACAACACCCCAUGAAUGGGUCGGGUUGAGAAUAGGAUGCAUCUGUCACCAUCCCUACUUUCGAUGGCCAACGAGUGAUCACAAUACCCACGUCUAGCUGCAUAUCUGAUGGCUGGUAAAAACACAGACUACCGUGAGAUAUCUAAAGGCGUUGGUCUGGAAAUGAGAUCCCUUAUGUGAGGGUAGUUAUUGGCUUCCAAAUCAAUUGGCAAACAUGGGGCUCAAGCGAGGAUCCGUAGAUAAACAAUCAACAAUACUUCGAGGGAAAUGGAAACUUCGCCGAGCUAGUGCGUGCUUCUAAUGAAUUGUCAGCCUUUAAUGUAUCUAUAUUGCUAUAUAAUCAACAAGUUUUCCC